UUCCAUUAUAUGCCAUUCAUUAUAUACCGUUCACGUCUGGGAAAAUAUAACAAGCGCAAAUACCCGUCAUUUAUGAUUGUGCAUGUUCGUUUGGGCUCUCAUCAACCUUUUUCGAUUAGGAACGAAGCUGAUAGCAGCUGAUAAUUGUGGCGAUUCUUUGCCAAGGGAACCACAAGAGGAGUAGAUAAGUAAAAGUACUCCCGAUCAAACGGGUAGCGACGAGCCGUGUCUGUCAAAUCGUUUCGUAUCGAUCUGCAUCGCUCUUAUCGAGAAAAAUAGCACAGCUGAUCGCGAAUGAGUUGUGCCAUUAAUAAAAUAAACUUGCUCUUUCUCAAAAAGUGAAGGAAAGGAACUUGAGAACAUCAUAGAAGUUUACGUCGGGAUGUGUAUCUUGACGUUUCGUAGAACAUCAUCGAAAACCCGUUUCUCUCCGUGUAUGUCUGUAUAUACGCGUGUACGAAAGCUUUACACAGCGCGCAACUAAGAGUAAAGAGACAUUCUCAUAAGACGGAUAGCCAUCGAUAAGUAGUAUCGAGUGCUACAAAUAUAUAUUCUCAAAUGGAUGUAUUCAUACGAGAUCUCCAGAUCCUGAAGUAAUUUAACGUGCAUUAUUUAAUUGCGACACAUUUGACCAUGUCAAGACAAACUCUAAUCGAGAGCUUUGAUUCGAGAAUACCCCAACUCUUCCAAUUCGUCUAACGUGUCGAGUCGAGACUUGACAUUUUCAGAUUAUAUAAUCCUACAUAAUACUACAUAAGUACACACGCAUGUACGGUUCGAGAUUCAAUAUAUAUAUUUAUAGCUUCAAAGAGUUCCUUUUCAGAACUAUGUAUUUGAAAGAGAGCAACAUUGCUGAUACGAAUAUAAAUGCGUCGAGUGUAUCGGCCGAUUCGUUGAAAGCAAACAUCGCUGAUGGUGAAGAAAGUAAUCACGUGUUUUGGAUCUUAAUGGAUUGCUUCUUGUUCAUUGCGAUCGUUUUGGGAAAUGUUCUAACGAUAUUGGCUAUCGCGUGGGCUCGAAGGCUCCGAAACAUCAUUUCAAAUUAUUUUAUUUUAAACUUAGCGGUAUCGGAUCUAUUGGUGGGCGUAACGCUACCGUAUCAUUUGGCAUUUUAUGUGGAUAAAACGUUGCAUCACAACAAACCGAUAUGCAUCUCGCGCUUCGUGAUGAUCAGCUUGGCAUGCGGCGGGAGUAUAUACAAUCUCAUAGUGAUCGCCAUAGAUCGAUACGUCGCUAUCGUGCAUCCGUUGAGCUAUAACAGAUACGUGACGAGAAAACGCGUGUUACUGGUCAUAGUCGUCGCUUGGAUGUGCACCAUGGGCGUGUCGUCGAUUCCGAUAUAUUGGAAUUGCUUCGACACCUCGGAUGUGUGCGAAUUGGAAACGGUUUUGCCGAGAUUCUACAUAGUGGCUAUACAAAUGCCAUCGUUUUUUCUCAGUUGGAUAACAAUGUUUCUCUUGUAUUGGAAAAUUUGGAAAGAAGCGCAUAUGCAUGCGCGUCGCAUGAAUCUUAGUGUUGUUCCGAAUCUUGUUGAGAAAAACGAUCGCAAAAGCGUACAGGUGGUGCUGCUGAUACUAGGCUGCUUUUCUAUUUGCUGGUUCCCCUAUUUCGUCAUAGCUUGCCUGCGAACUUUUGGUUGGAAAACACAUUCAAUAAUGAUAUGGUAUAAAUCUACGUUCGCAUUGGCUAUCGCCAACAGCGGGAUGAAUCCUUUCAUAUACGCAUGGAAAAAUACCAACUUUCGUAAAGCUUUUCAAAAGAUUUUGCACUUUAAAUCGCCUAAUGACAAUUUCAAUUCGAGCUUUAAAAUAUAUUUGAAGAAACAACGUGAACUUAAAGAUCAGACAGAUUCAGAGAAUAAUCACCACAACAAUUUGCACGGAUAUUCGUCCAAUCUCUAACCACGCAAUCUAACGCAGAAGAAAAUAGAGUAAAACAUAUAAUUUUGUAAAUCUAUCGUGUUCAGUUAAAAACUAUUUACUAGAGAGUAAAAUUAUAAGAUAUUUCAUUUUUUCCAAA